AUCUCUCUGUGUGUUGGUGGUGUUGUUGUUGGACUUCUCCCCGUUCAUUCGUCUCGCUCAUCUUUGCUAAGAACUCUUAGCGGCUCUCCUCGUUAAGAGAACAACAAAUCACUCUCGCUUCGCGUCUCCGUCGUCAGCCGCCCCGAUGUCGAGGAGGUCGGCGGCGGUGGUUGGAUCAGCGAUCCCCCCCCUCAUCCCUGGCCUGCAUAAGAGAGCAGCGCUACUGAGUCCCCGCUUCCCCAUGCUGGGGAGUCCUGCUAUGGGCCGCGGGGGGCUCCUGCCUUCGCCAAACCGGUUCGUCUCUCCCCACGACUCGUUUGAUCGCGGCGGCGGCGGCGGCGGCGGCGCCGUCCCGGUCCACUACCGCGCCGUGGGAAUCCGCCCGCCGCUCAUCCGGGCUCCGCCGCUCAUGGGAGUCGUCCCACAGCCUCCCCAGCGCCUCCCGUCCCUGCUGCCGGGACGCAUGGUGCCCGGCGCUCCGAUCUCGAUCCACCCGCUGCUGCCUCGCCUGGGCUUUGGGCGCCCGGGCGCGAUGCCGCCGCCCGUGAAGAGGAAGAUGAUGACGCCGCCGUCGGCGCUGGAGAUGGGCGCGCAGGCCAAGCGGGCGCGCCCUCGCCACACACCCAGCCCCGCUCCGCUGCUCAAGACGGUGGCCCGCAGAGGCCACGUGUUUGCAGGAGGCAAGAUGACACUUUUGGUGCCGCCGUCCUCCGGCGGUGCGCCAGUCCCGAGUUGCGAUGAGGGCCGGCGUGGUUGUGAGAUGCCUGAGAAGAACUGGCUGACGCUGCACUGCGCUCUGUGCUCGUUCCGCACGCUGCACGCCGCCGAGAUGGAGGAGCACUACGGCGGGGAGCUGCACGGCAGCAGCCUGGGCCUGCUGCGCCAGGCGCACGCCAGCGACUCGCGCGUCGUCGACUUCCUGCACGAGUGCACCGUUCACAAGAAUCGGCGGAUGUCCAAACGGCGCCAACAAAUGAACAUCCCUGAUGGACGCGUUCCCAUGAAGGACGUCCAGCCGGACCUGUGCCUGCGCCAGGUGUCGCUGUCCCACUGCCUGGCCUGUGAUGUCUUCAUGCCGCUCGACCCCAGCUCCGUGCAGGAGCACGUCAAGUCGGAGUGUCACAUCGCCCGCAAGGAGGUGUACGAGGCGGCCAGGAGCCAGACGGUGCAGCAAGUAGCUCGACACCUCAUCUCCAAUAAAGGCACCCGCGCCAAGUUUGAGAUGUACAAGAAGGGAGAAGAUCCAUUCUCAAAGGAGGACGAUGACAAGAACAACACUGGUGAGGACGAGGUUGAAGAGGGGGAGGUGGGAGAGGACGAGGAGGAGGAAGAUGACGACGAGGAGGAGGAGGAGGAAGCUAUCGAUUAUACCAACACCGACACGGCCACCGUCGCUAGCACCACCACUACAGCCGCCGCCGCUAGCACCACCACUACAGCCGCCGCCGCUAGCACCACCACUACAGCCGCCGCCGCCGCCGCCGAGCCCAAAGAAGCAGCGCCAACGCCGAAGCGCGGCAGCGGCGAGCGCAAGCGCGGCAGCGGCGAGCAAGCCGACGGUGACGUUGACGAGGACGCCCUGCUCAAGCCGGAGCCGGAGCCGGAGCCGGCGCCGGCGGAGCCGGCGGCGCAACCGCCCGGCCUCGAACCCGGGGCGGCGGAGUCGGCAGACGGCGGAACGAGCGGCGACGGGGGCCAGAGAGAUCUGCCUCGAACGCCGUCGGGAUCCCCGCCGCCCGGGACGCCGGCCGCCCCGGAGCCGGAGCCGGAGCCGGCGGCGAAAGCGUUGGAGGAGGGGCCGGGAGAGAAGAAGGAGGAUGAGAAGGAGGGAGAUGGUGCCGAGGAGGAGGAGGCGGAGGCGGUGGCGGCGGCGGGCAGAGCGGUGACGCCGGGGCGCCGGGGCAAGCCCAGGGUUGGCACGAGCGGAGGGAGCGAGGGAAAGAGCCGGCGCGGGCGCAGGUCCAAGGCCAAGUAA